GUGUGCGGGUGGUGGUAUUUUUUUCCUUUUCUUGGUUACGACCCUCCAGGGUUGUAAUCUUGUAAUUUUUUCCUGCUCUAUCAAUAGAACUUCGCGUUGAUGCAUGUGUAAUCCUGUCAUAUUUGGUCCUUGGACUCUCCCUGUCAAAUUGAUGAGGGAUGGCAUUAGGAAGAAGCCAAAUGACAAUUAAGCACAAACCUGAAAGAUAAUUAAUUUCGUACUGUGCAAGUGGCAGCCUCGAGUCUGGUAGUAUUCCUCGCAGGAAGCUGGAUGGUAGUUCAAUCACGAAACGAUCAAGCCUUCCAUUCCCCGAUUAAAGCCUGGAGGUUUCAGGUUUUUUGUGCUACGAAGCCUGCAGGGUUGGUUCGGCUCUUCCUCAAGCUGAGCGGACAACCGGCCGUUCUCGUCAGCUCCAUGGCGGAAGGCGGCGACACUUGCCGCCGCAGUUUUGACGACUGAUGCCCGCGAGCGCCGACGCCACAUCACCUCGACGAUUGCCGCAGUUUGGCCUCCUACCACCUCGAUUGAAGUCAUCGUUGCAGCCACCGCCAUGGCCGUCGGCUCAUGCCAUCUCCCACGUCCGUUUCCAAUAUAUUCACCAAGCAUCGUCAAACAAAGGACUCUGGACGUUUGUCUUGAAACGCAAACCACAUCAACCGUUGUUUAAUGGAAACGGGCAACACCAGAUCUGGCGUGUGGUAGCGUGCGCUGCAGGCGUGUGGUUUUCCUUUUGUAACUUGUUAACCGGUCUCUGUUGCCGUACGUCACCACUUGGGAGGGCACGUUGGCCCUUAGCACUUAACAAUAUGUAUUUCUGAAAUUGUAAGGCUAGUUGCCAUGAGAGAUUACUGUUGGACCGCGACGACUGUCGAUCUGGGUCAAGGACUGGUAGGUGGUACAUGCUAAUGCUAGUAGCUAAUAAGCUGCUGCUGCACACACACUGUCACACAGUCACAGUACAUAGAGAGGCCUGGCGACGGCCUGUUGAGUUGAGUCCGGGUUCCAUGAACAAUAAACAGCCCAAUCAAAUGGAGAGUUCUGCCAUGAACUCUAGCUGGGUGGUAGAGAUCGAGAGGUACAUCAGCGGUGACGCCGGCGGCGUCACAUCUGAAGCGAUGGCGCGAGGAUCAAAGUCACAUCACUCCAUCUACCGGGUGCCGGAGUACAUCAAGAACAUGACAAACCCCAACGCCUACAGGCCACAGGUAGUAUCGCUGGGACCUUUCCACCACGGUGAUCCUGCCCUGCUGCAGAUGGAGAAGCACAAGUGGCGUGCAGUGGCACACUUAGUCAAGCGGAGUGGGAAGCCUCUACAGGAGUUCAUCGUUGCCGUUGAGGAGAUAAAGGUGCAGCUUCAAGAGGCGUACGAAAAUUUAGAAGACAUAUGGUACCAAGAUACACUCUUCGUAGAGAUGAUGCUCAAGGAUGGCUGCUUCUUGCUUGAGAUGGCGAGGGUGUUUGAGCUACGUGGGAAAGUCGAAGACUAUGAACCCGAUGACCCUGCGGAUCAUAUAAGGUGCGCCUGUGAAAAUAAUUUUCGCAGGCGCCGCUUAAGUGACCCCAACGUUGAGAAAAAUGUUUUUUCUAGUAGUGUCUUUAGCAAGCAUGGCUGUUUAUACUUGUUUUCCGGUAUCAAAUCCGACGUGGUCUUGAUGGAGAACCAGCUACCCCUUAUCCUUCUCCGCAGACUUAUCAAUGUUGCAUAUGGCCACGAAUGUUUGGUACGUAUUCAUGAGCUCGAGGACGCCACUAGAGAGGACGAUGAAUCGAUAAACAAUUUGAUGAUCUGUUGUCUUUGCUAUGCUGUCACGUAUACUGUGCUAGUUGAUAAUGAUCCUCUGUGCCUCGUGGAAGAUGAUAAUCCCCUGUGCCUCCAUCCCCUCCAUGCUCUCCAGAAAGGCACCAGUGGUGCCCGUCGGCACCGCCGAGGGUUGGCCACAAAUUUUGUCAUGCCUUGUGCGGCAGAACUCCACGAGGCAGGAAUUCAUUUCAAGUUGAGUGAUAGAAAGGGAUUUGUAGGGGGGGUCAGCUUUGAAGGAGGUGUACUCAGUAUUCCUCGGGUCCUCUUCUGGGACAAUGCCGAGCGCGUGUUUCUCAACCUGAUGGCAUUUGAGCGGCUGCACCCAGGCGCCGGAAAUGAAGUCAUGGCAUUUGUCUACUUUAUGGAUAAUCUCAUUGACACUGCUAAGGAUGUGGCACUGCUGAGGUCCAAAGGGAUCAUCACGAGCGGUCUGGGCAGCGACGAGGCCGUAGCAAAGCUGAUAAACAAGAUCCUAACCAAAGGAGCUGUGAUGAGCCCAGACAGCAGUAUACGUGAUGUGCUACGGGAGAUAAACGCGCACUGCAAGAAGCCGUGGAACAAGUGGCGAGCGACCCUUAUGCAUACGUACUUCAGCAAUCCAUGGGUAUUCAUCUCGCUCUUGGCGGCCAUCAUACUGCUUCUCGCCACUCUUAUGCAGACCAUCUACACCGUCGUGCCUUUCUACAAUAAAUAAUCCCUAGGUCUGCUGCCGCAUCUAUACUUUAUACAUGAUCGUCUUGCACCGGCCGUAAAGUGUUGUAUCAUGUAUAUGUUAAUUUGUUCUCUGAAUCAUUAUGGGUGUGUGAUCAUCUGAACUUUGGUACCCCUGGACUCUUAUCUGUUACUGUUUGUUUGUUGUCAAAUUUC